AAUUCUCUUUUUCCCUAGUUAUAAAUACUCCGUCUGUAUAUGCGUAUUGUGUACUGGAUCGUGAGAACGAACGAUUCACUUUGAUUCAUUAGUGUUUCGCCAUCGUGAUUGAUCUCAACUCUCAAGCAGUAGUUUCGCCAUGGUACUUUUACAGCUAGAUCCAUUUCUCAAUGAGCUUACUAGCAUGUUUGAGCGCAGCACAGAAAAAGGCUCUGUUUGGGUUACUCUUAAACGCUCAUCCUUGAAGUCCAAGGUCCAGAGGAAUAAAUUGAAAACUGAUGGUGAAACAAUUGAGUACAGAUGCCUUAUUCGGGCAACUGAUGGCAAAAAGACAAUUUCCACUUCGGUGGGGGCAAAGGAUCACCAGCGCUUCCAAGCUUCUUAUGCAACUAUUCUCAAGGCCCAUAUGACUGCUUUGAAGAAGAGGGAGAGAAAGGACAAGAAAAAGACUGCAGGGGCAAAGAAGAAAAGGAAGGUUCAAAGGAACACUGUUUAAACUUUAGUAGUUCUUGAAGUUUUCAUGACUGUCUCCCAAAAUUUUAUUCUGUGAUUUUUCGAUCUUACAAAACCUUACAUUUUUGGUCUAAACUUUGUGCAGUACUUACAGUGAUCCAAGAGAUAUGCGUGUUUGUUUAACUGCUAUUCUUUUGACAAAUAUGAUUCACAGUUGAUGAUGAAAUGCAUGAAUCUCCAGUUAAAAUUGUUACAAA